AUGCUGGCGGCAACAAAGCUGGGCUUGCGCGCUCGCGCGCCGGGCUCGCUGACGACGACGAUGACGACAACAUACUCGCCAGUGAUGGCCGUGGGCCGGGCUCUCUUCUCUACUUCGGAGAACAGGGCAGCCGCCAACAGAAGAACCCAAUCGCGUGUUCGCCAGAUGGCCGGUCAUGUGGCGAGGAAUAACAAGGCCCAACCAUCGCCGUCGUUGGAGAAUGCCAAGCAGGACCCUUCCAAGGCGCCCGCCAUUGUUCUCCCAGAAACCUUCGUCGUCCCUCCCCUCUCGCGCUUCCCGAAACAGUUCAAGCCGCUCAUGUCCUACCUCUGGAGCAUUGUCAGGGUCAAGGUGGUAGAUUUUAUGCUUUCCAGACAAUACCGGUUCCAGUCGCAGCCUAGCUUGCGGCAGAAGCCGCUGGUCUCGCUCAAGAAGGGGCCUUUGAUCUCGCACACCAAGGCGCUGCACCGGCUGAUGAACGAGGCCAUCGCCUCGGGCAACGUGGACCUGCUGGAGAGGAUCGUCGACCCGAACCUGUACAUGCCGCUGGCCAUCAACAUCCACCAGCGGCCGCGGGGCCACACGUGCACGUGGGAGCUCGUGCGCUACAACAGGGAGCCCCGCGUGGUCUCGCUCAAGAUCUUCCCCAUGGCCGGGUUCGCGACCAAGCUGCUGUGGCAAGUCACGGUCUCGAUCGCCAGCCGGCAGCGCGUGGUCGAGAAGGACGAGAGGAAGCGGGUCGUGCCCGGCAGCGAGAAGGAGCUGGACCUGGUCGAGAACGUGGUGAUUGGCACCAUGCUCGACAACGAGACGUGGACGAUGUUGAGCGACUGGAAGAUCAUCGCGACCGUCCAGCCCAUGACGCCGGAGAAGUGGGAGCAGGAGCAGGAGACGGUCAAGUUGCUGUCUCAGGUUCAGGUUAAUAAGUAA